AUGGCAGCGCAAGAUUUAUACAGCGAGAUGCUGAAAAAAGUACUAGAUGUCCAUGCAAACCUGGAUAAAUUGGCUAAUGAGGCAAAAAGAACGAAUGAUAGGCACGAAGAAACUAUGAAAAUCCUGAGGGAUAAUUUCAACCCAACAGCGACGAGAAGAAGAGGAAGAAUAGAAAACACAAAUCCAGGCCGUCAAGAGCCAACCAGGGGAGAAAACAACAGAAGGAGGGAACCCCGAAAUGGAGGAAACGAAGAAAGAGACGAGGGAAGAAACGAUAGAAACCGACGAGAAAAUGGAAACAGGAGUGACGAAGAAAGCCCAGGAAAUCAAGAGAAUGGAAAAGAAAAAUCCGACGAGCAAACCCCUGAAACGCCCAGAAAUGAGCAAAAUCAAGACGAUGCCCGAAGCGGGCUAAACUCAAAAAGAGAAGAACGAAGGGAGAAAGAGAAAGAAGAUGCCCCACCUAAAAGCAAGCGACAAGACAGAGAUACAGGGAAAGAGCAACCAAAGAAAAAACACCAAGAAGGGGAGGGCGAGUCCUCAGUAUCGCCCCAGAAGAGCAAAGCCACAUAUGUAGUCGAAGAAUAUCUGGAAGAAAAGAUUGCCAAAGCACUCAAGGAAUUGAAGUCAGAAGAGCUGGAUAUAGACGAUCUCAGGCUGAAGGGAUCGCCCCUUUCACCCGAGAUCAAGGAGGAAACCAUUCCAUAUAGCAUGAAGUUACCAGUCUUGCCAACGUUCAACGGAGAAGAGGACCCCCGAGAUCAUACGGCCAGAUUCACAGCCACCAUGGGGCUACUCAGCGUAUCAGACGCUAUUUUAUGCAGGGUAUUCCCAACCACACUCACUUGUACCGCCCAAAGGUGGUACAAUAAAUUGAAACCAGGAUCCAUCAAGAGCUUCGCAUCACUAUCGACAUAA